UCAUCGCUGCACAUUAUCCCUUACAUAAAGUCUCAGAUGUUAUAUGUCAACAUUAUGACCGACAGAAGAAGGGAACCUGCAGCCUGGAACUCUGGUUGUCACAACAAAAAAUACAUUUGAUAAUCAAACCCAGUAACUGCAAGAGUUUGAAAUCCUCAUGUUUUACCUGUUUAUUUUGUAUUUAUUUUGUAUUUUUCUUACAUUUCACACACAGGGGGGUAAGUAGUUUUACAUUCAUUUAAAUGUAGCUAAGUUAUUUUGUAUAUUGGAAAACAAUUAUGCUUUGACAUCUGAUAAUACAUCUUGAAAACUAAUUCUGGCAGCAUGUUACCCAGAGAUGCAAUUUAAAUUAAAAUAAAUCAACAAACUUACCUGAACAUCUUGACUGCACUUACAGAAAUAAACAAGUUCAUUCUUCUUUCAACCUUCUUUGUGAUACUUAACUUUGUGCAUUAAGUGACAUUAAAAAACACUUUUUUCUUUCCUGCAGAUUUACCAUCAAACACAAACAUGCAACAUGUGACUGUCAGGUUUCUCCUCUUCUUCCUCCUCCUCCUUCAUCCUGUGACCUCAGUUGACCUGGAGGAGGUGGAUAAGGUGUCGGUGGAGGUUGUUGUUGACAGCUCCCCCUGCAGCGCCACCUGUGGGCUGGGAGUUAAAACUCAAACCCUGUGUUUGUUGAAGGAUGGCAAGAAAGCCAUGGAAGAAGAUGUGAGAAGUAAAGAUGGAACAGAGGUGUCGGAGGAGUGUCGUGUGCGUAAGCUGAGCUGUCUGGAGUCGUGGCAGUGUGGACUCAGGACCAUGACUGUGACUCUAGGAGAGAGAGUGGAGAUCGACUGUCUGGGAGAAGUGAUGCAGGCGAUGGGGAGGUUCUCCUGGAGGGUGUCAUGGCGUUAUGCCCGAGGAAUAAUCAGCUCUGACGACACUCUGUUUGCUCGCUGGAACGCCCCUCUGCUGGACCGUGUGAUUCUGGACCCUGUGAUGGAGGAGGACGCAGGUACUUAUUGCUGUGUCGUGCAGGAUGCCAGCUUCCGCAGGGUGAAGAGGGUUUACUGGGGGAUCCGGGUUUUGCCUUUCUCUGUACUCAAUCUGGACUACGAGAGCUCUCUGGCCCAGUGGGACUCUGGAAACCAGAAGCAGAACCAGACCGAGUCAGACCAGAGAACGCCUCUGAUUUACACUGUGCUGAUCAGUUUGAGCCUGGCGGGCGUUGGUGCUGGAUUGAUGCUGCUGGGCCUCUGGUGGACACUGAGGAGGAGAGAGUUCAUGUGUUAACACAGUUAUAACUGACCUUUCAUCGCUCACCGCACAGGCAAUUACAUUUCUGCACAAACAAACUCUAACUGUACACUAGCUGCUCAGUAGCAGACCGCAGACAGGCUUGUUAGAGACUGCCUGCUGAACACAGUGGAGCAUGUAGCCACUAAAAAGAAGUUAUUUCCUUCAGGAGUCGGUAGAGACCAACAAGACCUCCAAAAAGAGAGAAUAAAAGAGAUCAGGUGGACACAAACAAGACUCCAAAUGAUUGAUGAUGUCGUUGCUGGAUGUGAAAAUGAGGGAUUGGUUGUAAACACGUUCGCAGAAUCAGAUUAAAUGGUAAUGAUGUGAAUGUUGUGUUCUCACUACCCAUAAGGAUCCUAGUUUUAUGUGUUAUUUGGGCAAUUAUGCGUAAUUAGAUUUAGAUUCAUGUGAUUUGGAUUUUAUUUUAAGGGGGUUUGUCUCUUCAUUAGAAGUACAACGAUGACAGCAAGCAAUAAGAGAUGCAAUAAUAAUCCCCAGCUGGGAACAUUGCAGGUUAGAACAUUUUAGACCCCUCGGCUACUAGACCACCACUGCAAAAUAUCCUUUUCCAUCAACAGAAAGAAAAUCCCUUCAAAAUGCCCGUCUUUUUUUCUCUAACAAUACAUUGCAUCUGCCAAGGAGACAGGUAGAUUAACAUUUUGAUAAAACUAGGCUUUGCAAUCAGAGGAAAAGGAGGACAGCAUGUUUUUUUCCCCACAGGAGACAUGUUGACAUGUCACAGUCGAAAAACAGGUGUGAAUAAUAAAAUAAAUUAUGGCUGAAUUCCCUUUUACUGCUUUAAUUUCAGGCUCUCUGUCGCACUGUCAUGGUUAACAGGGAGCAGAACAAAGCCAUUGUUAAUGCUGUUAGUAACACCUGUGUUUUCCUAAGACACGUCAACAUGUGUGCUGGGAUAAGAGCAGAUGAAAAGAGAGGAUCUUUGACUGAUGGAUGGAGUUAUCCGUAGUCAUUUAUCUACAUGAUGUGCUUUUGAUUUAAACAUUUUAAAUGUAAGUGAAUCCAUUGCCAUGUUGGACACUAGUUAUUAUACAGCCAAAUUAGCCACAUUAGCUAUUUACAGGGUGUAUAGCUUUGCAGAGACAUAUGCACCCAGGAAUUCAUAGUAGGCUAUUUCCAACCGGGCAUACAUUAUACACAGAUACAUACAGCUGCCCAGAGAGGUAAUAUUGUACAAUAUUUGACAUGUGGUGUUGCAGAACGUUGAGUGUGCUUUCCUCUAUUAUUACCAUUCAAAUUAAUAUAAACAAGCAAUAUUACUGUAGAAUGUUUUUUUUUACUUUACAUUUUUAGUACAUAUUCCUGACAAUACUUCUGUAUUUAGGAUUAUAAAUGCAGGACUUUGACUUGCUCCAUACACUAUAUUAUUAAGUUAGCUUAAUAUGUGCAAGAAAGCUGAGAAAUAAGCGCAGAUAAAAGCCCUUGUAGAUGACAUUGCUGAUUAAGGGUGUAGCAUAAAACCACUGAGUGAAACAUCAUGAAAACAUUGUUAUAAUGUUUGACAAGAGAUUAGAUGCUGUUCCAGGAGAUGGCAGUAUAGGUUCAUAAAGUGCUUCUCGAACGUGUGAGGUUGAUUAUGAACACAUUUUUACAUUUCCUCUAUCAGACAAAGCUCCUAAUGGGCUACAGCUGCCACAGUGCAACGAAUCUGAUUGAUAGGGAGAAAAGAAAGCGGACCCUCUCAAAGACAAGAGGAUGCAUAGCAAAUUUGAAAUGCUCAUUACACACACAAAAGAAAUUGGAUGGAUGAACAAUGUAUGCAGCUUUGUAAUUAUUAUAUUCAUAAACCAUUCAUG